AAUGAUGAAUCAGCAAAAAACACGUUUUAUUUCUCUAAUUUUCGGUCAUUCUCAAGCUCGCUCCACCGUACAUGUUUUUUGGCGCAUGUUGAGCCUACGUCUAUCUGUCAUUUCGACCAGUUAACAGUUUGUAACAGAAAUGAAAUGGAUUAUGGAUAGUUUUAUUCCUAUAAUUUGUAGCUGACUUUAGAAGAUGACUUCUCUAUUGGCUGUUGAAACAGGUGACGUCUCUUACGUUGUAAAACCAACCUCUGCGACUUGACCAACGGCGGCACAGACGCCACUAUCAGGUGGCUUGAGCUGACCUGAGACGGGCUGGUUCAGACCGCAGCAACUUUCUCUGCGUGUAGUGAUUGUCUAGGUCCGCUGACACAGGUAAGAGUGGUCGUGCAUUUAUGAUAACUGUGACCUCUGCCAUUAAUGUGCAAAGCACUUUUGUGCGGGUUAAAAUCCCAACUUUAACCCUGUUCACUGAGGUACCUCUACAAGGUUUUGUCCAUCCCAAGCUCCAUGCAAACUCCAACAAAGUUAGUUCCGCCAUCAGAUCUGAGCUGUUUUGCAGGGCCUCAGCGAAGAAGCACCUGUGAGCAUUUAUGCAGCUGGACGUGUCCAUAGACCCACUGAUCUUGAAGUGUACAGCUCCCGAACUCAUGCAGCUUAACAUGAUGACCCACCUCUUGUUCUCUGCCUGUGAACCCUAUCUUGCCAUGUGAACCAGGAAUGCUCCUCUUCUCACUAAAGAGGUAAAGGUGGAGAAGCGUUGGAAGUGGUCAGAGGUAAGUAUUAUUUCUCCCAGGUAAGUAGCACAGGUUUGUACUUGUGGUCGGAUAUUCAUGUUUGUCACCAGGUAUGUUUUGACUGUAUAUUGUGUUGCUUUAUAUUGUUAAAGCCAAUUGUCGAUGCCCUUUUUGUAAUCCCAUUUUGGAGAGAAGCUUGAGCAGGCUGUUCUGAUUAAUAACGAGGUCCUACUUAUUCGUGUUUGUCACCAGAGAGAAUAAACGGAUAUCAUCAUAAAGAGAUCCUGUGUCAUAGUGUGGUUAAUAAAAUAAACACAGAACGCAGAAGUCCACCGGUUAAACACACAUUGUUAAUUACAUCAAGACACUGUCAUACACCACUGACCAUGACUUUCACACCCUGUUAUAUAAAUAUAAUUAUAUCAAGUCUCUACCUGCAUCAUUGCAUGAACUGUCAAUCAUGGUUAAGACCACUCCCCUUUCUAAGGUAUAUAAGGGCCUAUGACUCUCUUUUCCCUCCAAACCACACCAGGCAGAACAAAGAUUAUUGACGUGAGUAUAAUGGACGUUUUCACAUUGUAUUGUCAUCAUUAUUACUGACUGUUUUGCUUGAAAGUUUGAUAUAUUUUGUUUUUGCUAGAUUGCAGAGUUUAUUCCUGUUGAGUAAAGAUACAAUUAAGAACAGAUUGUGGAUGCAUUAAUGAUGUAAAUCAGGUUAAGUUUAACCUAAUUUGUUAUUAUUGAGUGUUUAAUAUUCAGAUCUGUGUCAUUUUCUUUCAGUGACAGUCAUCAGCUUGUUCUUCUCCUCUGUGUCAGCCAAUCACCACCUCAGCAAAGAUGACAUCAGUCUUUCCAUUAGCUUUGUUGCUCUGUUUGUCCAGCGGACUGUUGACUGCAUAUGGUGCAGCUCCCUGCCCUCCUGGUUGGACUCAGUUUGGCUCUCGCUGUUUCGCUUUCUACAUCCAGACAAAGACCUGGAUCGAUGCAGAGACCUUCUGCCAGACUGCUGGUGGGAAUCUGGCUUCCAUCCACUCAGCUGAGGAACAUAAAUUCCUCAAAGACUUAAUUUACCAAGAGACCGGUAUAGACACCAAUACCUGGAUCGGAGGAUUUGACUCAGUGCAGGAGGGUACGUGGAUGUGGACUGAUGGAUCCAAAUUCAACUACAAAAUCUUCAACGCGGGGCAGCCUGACAACGCCGAUGCCUUCACAGGGGAGAACUGUCUUGAGAUGAACUUCAAUGGAAAUAACUGGAACGACAGGACUUGUAGCACUCAAUUUUAUUUUGUGUGCUCCAAGAACCUGUGUGUGUAACUCUACCACACCAUCAUGAUGCCUCUCCAGCUCACCUAUAAUUUCUAUCAUUGAUUCACUUUCAGUUUGUUCAGCAGACAGAAACAGCUCUCUGCUGACAGAUGACUCACUUUCACUUUUAUCUGAUUUAUCUCUGAGUUAUUAUUUAGAUUUAUAGAAAUCAUGUGUGUACACAAAAUAUAAAGUUCCCUUGAGCAGACGUUAGCUUAGCAUAAAGACUGGAAACAGGGGGAAAAGGCAAGCUUAACUUAGCAUAAAGAUUGGAAACAGCUAGCCUGACUCCUUCCAAAGGUAAACCUGUCAGACAUGAGUGGUGAUGAUCUUUUUAUCCAAAAUGUCCAGAUAGAAAAUAAAAGUGUAUAUUUUGUCAGACCUUUCUGUGAUACAAGAGGAGAAUGCAACUGUAAUAACACUUCAUAAUAACUAAGAUACUAAUACUAAUACUAAGAUACUAAUCCAAAA